UUUCCUCUUUCAAUUCAGGUUCAUCUUCCUGUGUGUAACCUUUCAGUCAUAUAAGAGAAGAAAAUCUGGUGCAAUCCAAAGCAAAGUAAAAGAAGAGAAGAAAAAGAAAAAACACAGAGCAGCAAUGGCAGCCAAUGGAGAGGAGCAACAAACUCAGGCAGGGAGGCACCAAGAGGUUGGCCACAAGAGCCUUCUCCAAAGUGAUGCUCUUUACCAGUAUAUAUUGGAGACGAGUGUGUACCCAAGGGAGCCUGAAUCCAUGAAGGAGCUCAGAGAAGUAACUGCAAAGCAUCCAUGGAACAUCAUGACCACAUCAGCUGAUGAAGGGCAAUUCUUGAACAUGCUUCUCAAGUUGAUCAAUGCCAAAAACACCAUGGAAAUUGGAGUUUACACCGGCUACUCCCUCCUGGCCACCGCCCUUGCCAUUCCUGAUGAUGGAAAGAUCUUGGCCAUGGACAUAAACAAGGAAAACUAUGAAUUGGGUCUUCCAAUCAUCGAAAAGGCCGGUGUUGCCCACAAGAUCGACUUCAGAGAAGGCCCUGCCCUCCCGGUGCUCGAUCUAUUGGUCGAAGAUAAGAAGAAUUAUGGAUCAUUCGAUUUCAUCUUCGUGGAUGCUGACAAAGACAACUACAUCAACUACCACAAGAGGCUGAUCGAUUUGGUUAAGGUUGGGGGUUUGAUCGGCUACGACAACACCCUAUGGAAUGGCUCUGUGGUCGCACCCCCUGAUGCCCCACUGCGCAAGUACGUCAGGUACUACAGGGACUUCGUCCUCGAGCUCAACAAGGCACUCGCUGCUGACCCUAGGAUCGAGAUCUGCAUGCUUCCCGUUGGUGAUGGCAUCACUCUCUGCCGUCGAAUCAAAUGAACCACCAACCCUAAUUGGCCUGCCAAUCAUAUAUGAUGAAGAAAAAAUGUGUUUCUUUUUAUUAUUUUUCUUAAUCUACUUUGUAUUUGUAUUUGGAUGGUUCAUCGUCAACGUUCAUGUCGGAGAAUUAUUAUAAGGCAAAAAGAAAAAAAAUAUUAUAAGGCAAAAUCGCAUGUUAAAAUUUA